AUCGGAUUCUUCUAGCUCUUUUCGGCUGAUGAUGGGUUAUUCUGACGUGGUUGAGGCGUGUCUAAGCAAGUGGGGCAGCUGCUGCAUCAACACGUUCAUCAGCCUCACCGUCCAUCGCACCGCGCCGCCCUUGACGUCCCAAGACGACUCGUGCCUCAAGACCUCUUCCCUGGCCGGCCUCUGCUGCACAACAGACGCCCUCCUCUUCAGAGUCAAACCCAUCGCCGCCACAGAUCGGCUCAAUUGCAAAAAUGGCGACUGCACCGACCCGCCCGAAAGACCGAAGCAGCCGCGGGCCUCUUUCCAUCGCAAGAUGAAGAGCAAACACCACAACAAGGCCGCGGCCAGGAGGACAUCAUUCAUCACGGCUUCACACAUGCUCGAUGACAACAACCACAAGCAGGAGCAGCAGCAGCAGACGCCGGCGGCCAGCAACACGGCCGCAUCCGCACUCACGCCCUCUCCAUCGCCCCACACGCCCCGUUCGCUCAAGUCGUCGCCUCAGCCGUUCGCCCCCUCCCUCCUCUCCUUCUGCUCGCCGCGCUCCCCGCCGUGCAGCACACCCAACAACACACCUGCAGCCGGCAUCUCCACCAAGAGGCUCCUGUCGGCGUCGGGCGGCGGGCGGUUCGGUGCGGGCGAUGGUCAGGGGGAUGGGAGCGACUCGGACGGAGGCAGUGAUGACAGCAUUGUGGCGCCAACGCCCAUACCCAGUUCGGUGCCUCAGCUCGUGUCGAGCCGGCCGACGGUGGGCAGGGACAAGGGCGUCAUCAGCCGCGGGCGGUUCGUGGUGGUGGAGGGCAGUGAGCAUCGCAUCUGUGGGCGGGGGGGCGGCAGCACGGGGGUGCGACAGGUGAGAAUACCCAUGACAUAGACACACACAUUUUCUUCAUAUGUAUGUGUGUCUUGUGUUGUUUAUGUGUGUGUGUGGAAGGCGUUUGAGGAUUGCGAGCGUGACUGUGAGGAGGAGGCCCUGUCCGUGUGGCAGACCCACCAGCACAAAGGCAACAACAUCCAAGGCAACUCAGGUGCCCUCAGGACGAUGGCAAGGCGAUGA